UGAUUCAUAGGCGAUACUGCCAUUUUACACAUGAAGUUUAACUGAAAAAAUGAAUAAUCAGCUACCUAACAAAAAAACAUUUGUAAGAUGUAAGAACCAUUUGUAAAUGUCUUCAGAUUAAACCAUAGGAUAUGGAAAAACUCGGUGUCACUGCUACAAGACCUCGACACGAACACAGGGAAGCUCGAGAGAAAAUACACUAAUCAUAUGCUAUUUUGUAACGUCUUCAAAAUCAGUCUAGCAGCAAUCAUCUAACCAGCGCGAACGUUGUGUGAUCACCAACCGAGCAUUGGUAGGCUAACUAAUCAAUGAUUGCUGCUGUUCAUGUAGUAUACUGUACUGGCUGUACACUAACUGGCAUCAUCACCCUUAGAAAGCUUUUACUGGGAUACAUUCACGACCAUCCGAACGAAUCAUUAUCGGCUGAUUUCGGUGUGGUCCGUUUGGGAUAAGGUUUUUGGAUUUGUAUGUGUGGACCAUUGGAUUGCCAAUAAAAUAUAUGGUUUACUGACUGUAGCCGUCUAUUUUAUUUGGCUGCCGUAUGAAUUCUACCAUCGGAUUCGCGUCAGUGUACGUUUUUUGUUUUCAGACGGGCAAUCAGUUUAGAGGGCACGCUCCCAAUCACCACUAAAGACAUUUUGAUUUCUAAUUCCCCGAUUACUUGCUUUUGGAACAUGUCUGGACAGUCUAUCACGGAUCGGAUCGCUGCGGCUCAGCACAGCAUGACAGGAUCCGCUAUAAGCAAAGCCGUCUGCAAGGCCACGACGCAUGAAGUCAGCGGACCCAAGAAGAAACACCUUGACUACCUGAUCCACUGCACCAACGAGCUGAACGUGAGUGUCCCCCACCUGGCUGACACGUUGUUUGAGAGGACGGCCAACAACAGCUGGGUGGUGGUGUUCAAAUCCCUCAUCACCACGCACCACCUCAUGAUGUACGGCAACGAGCGAUUAAUCCAGUACCUGGCGUCCAGAAACACACUUUUUAACCUGAGCAACUUCUUGGAUAAGGGGGCAUUACAAGGUUAUGACAUGUCAACGUUCAUCAGACGCUACAGCAGGUAUCUGAAUGAGAAGGCCCUGUCCUACAGACUGGUGGCUGUGGACUUCACCAAGAUGAAGAGAGGGGUUGAUGGUAUGAUGCGUACCAUGACCGUUGACAAGCUGAUCAAGACUCUACCUAUCAUUCAGAAUCAGCUGGAUGCUCUGCUGGACUUUCAGGCUAACUCUAAUGAAUUGACCAAUGGCGUCAUCAACAACGCCUUCUUGCUGCUCUUUAAAGACUCCAUCCGCCUCUUUGCUGCCUACAAUGAAGGAGUUAUCAACAUGCUGGAGAAAUAUUUUGACAUGAAGAAGAACCAAUGCAAAGACGCCCUGGAAAUCUAUAAGACGUUUCUGAACAGAAUGACCAAGCUGUCAGAGUUUCUCAAAGUUGCAGAGCAAGUUGGAAUUGAUCAGGGUGACAUCCCCGAUCUCACACAGGCCCCUAGUAGCCUCCUGGAAGCUCUGGAGCAGCAUCUGGCCUCUCUGGAGGGGAGGAGAACCAAGGAGCUCUCCACAGACACCAGAGCCAGCACCUUAACCAGUGCUGUAUCGUCACUGUCCAGUACUGGAAUCUCCCUCAGCCUCAUGGAACAGAAGGAGGACCCCAACAGCCUCCAGGAUGAGGGAGCCAAGGUGAUUGACAUGCAGAUGCCCACCAUCUCUCCCGGUGCCCAGCCAGUGGGCAGUGCCAACAGCAGCAGUGGGGUCACAGAACUCUUCUCCAACUCAUCUGUUCUAUCCGGUACAAAUAACGUGCCGAACCUCACCAGCGACCUAUUCAACGUCCAGCCCGCGUACAACCCAACCAUCCAGACAACACACACUGUACCGUCUAACAGCAACGCCUGGGGAGGUGAGGCUCACAGACUACACAUCCAUACAGUACAAACACACACUGUACCGUCUAACAGCAACGCCUGGGGAGGUGAGGCUCACAGACUACACAUCCAUACAGUACAAACACACACUGUACCGUCUAACAGCAACGCCUGGGGAGGUGAGGCUCACAGACUAAACAUCCAUACAGGACAAACACACACUGUACCGUCUAACAGCAACGCCUGGGGAGGUGAGGCUCACAGACUACACAUCCAUACAGUACAAACACACACUGUACCGUCUAACAGCAACGCCUGGGGAGGUGAGGCUCACAGACUACACAUCCAUACAGUACAAACACACACUGUAUAAUCCUGAAGUCUUACA